AUGGCUAAAUUUAUCCCCACACUAUGUCUGGUGCCGUGGUUGAUGACGGUAGUGCUUCUUUUGAUGAUCGGGUUCGGGGUGCGAACUGCAACCGCUCGCCGUCAUCCGCUGCUUAUCGAGGAUGAAGGGACCCGUCGUAACCGGCCAGCAGAGUGUCAAUUUGGAAAGACCAUACGUGAAUUGCAUUCGACCUGGUUUGCUGAUCUGGGGCCUCCGUUUGGAGUGAUGUAUUGCAUCAUGUGCGAAUGUGUACCGUUUCCCAAAAAGCGCCGUGUUGUUGGCCGUGUCCAGUGCCGCAACAUCAAGAACGAGUGUCCCAAGGUGACCUGCGAGGAUCCAAUACUAUUUCCAGGAAGAUGUUGCAAGGCCUGUCCGGGAGAUACUCAAAGUCCUGACAUACCGCAAGAUCUUCCCCAGGCGACAAUGCCGGAAGAAGAGGAACGUAGCAAACAUUUCGCCGCCCUCCUAACCGGUCGCACGUCGUCGUUUCUACGUCAGGACGAUGAAGACACCCAGUAUACUACGUCCAACCCUCAGAACGUGAUCGCGACCGGUCGUUUUUCGUUCCACAAAAAAAAUCUGUACUACAGCUUCUAUGUGUCGCCACGUGCGAGUCGUCCUCGCUCAAUUCAGUUCGUGCACGCCAACGGCAACAUCCUUGAGGAACAUACAUUGGCGAUUGCAACGGAUGCCGCUCGUUUCAGCGUUUAUCAAAACGCAACGGGUAAGGUGUGCGGCGUGUGGCGCCGUGUGCCACGCGAGUAUCGUCGUUUGCUGCGCGAUGAAUUAGUGAGCGUGGUUUUGCUCUGGGGCAGCAAGAAUCAGGCCGAGUUGGCGAUCGCCGGGCUCAUAGCACGCUAUCCUGCCCUUGCACAUGAACUAUUUAGCUCACUCCUUGAACCGGCUAGUACUGAUAUUGCAACCAAUAGUGACCCGAAAAUGGGUGGAGCGGGUGGUACCGCGAUUGUUUCUACGAGCAGUGGCGUCACCUCAUCGAUCCACUUGACGCUCGUGCUGAAUGGGUUAUUUGCGCCAGAUGAAAUCAGCGACGUGCCAUUACUGGUGCGGCUUGAGACUGCCGAUCGACGCCAGCUGAUCCUGGAGGAUGUGCAGCGCAUCCGGAAGCCAUCACAUGAGCUGAACGUGCUCGAGUUAUCGUCACCAGUGUCAAUAAAUGAUCUGCGUCUUCUAACUCGUGGCAAACUGGCGCUGACCGUUGAAUCAAAGCGCAACCCAGAUGCGUUGCGUCUGCACGGCGCAGUACGAGCACGCGUUGCCUGUGAGAUCUUCCAGACCCUGCUCACUCCAGCUGGAAUGGAGUCAACCACAGCCGACGCCUCUGGAAUGGCUUGGAUGUACCUAAACCGUGAAGGGACACUAGUGUAUCAGGUUCAAACACAUGCCAUUACCGGUGGGAGCCUCUCUGAACCGAUCAUCACGCUUCUUGAUGAUAGUGCGAAGCGCAAGCCGGAAGUUGAAACGCUGACUGUCCACCAUCGGCACCAGCACCACUCUGAGGGACAAGGGGCUGCAACGGAAUUAAUCGUUAGUGGCACCGUCGAAAGGAUGGGACCACGGCUGCUCGAGCCGCUGUACGCCGCCGAGUUGGCGGUUAAUGUGGCUGCUAGCGACCAGAAUCUCACGAUGUUACAUGGUAAAUUCGUGACACGUCACGUGGCGGAUGCACGAGAUGCAGGCGCUCCAGUGCUGUUGCUUCGACCGAGCGGAGCCAUUUCUGCUGAAUCAACCACCCUUGGAGGGCAUGCACUUGGCAUGGCGUGGCUGGCUGUGGAUAACGAGUGUAACCUUCACUACGACCUCUCACUGGCGGGUGUACCGAGCUCAAUGCAUCCAUUGUCACUAUUCAUCGAGGAACUUCCGCUAGAAGCUCCAAAUGCUCCAGUCCACCGGCGAUUACUACAAGAGUUCAGCGGUAACCAUCUAGAAGGAUUCGCCCUUGAGCUUCCGACCCGAGAACUUGCCAAGCUCGAAACGAGCGUAAUUUACCUGGAAGUUCGCUCGAACGCUACUCGGGAGUCAUUGCUUCGAUCAAAAGUGCGCUCAGUGACGCGCGUGCCGCACCACUGUAGUACAGGCGUUUCUGUUGCGAGCAGUGGCGGCCAGGAUAAUGAGGUUCAGCAGCAUCACUAUCCAUUUCUCGCAAACGAUCUUCCUACGGGACUAGUAAGCGCUGAAAGCUCCAAAUGUUUCCACGCUAACCGUUUCUACGAUGAAGGUGUGGCGUGGCGUAGUGCACUCGAGACGUGCACUAUGUGCUCGUGCGAUCAUCGGCAAGUAAAAUGCGAAGCAAUUCGCUGCCCGCCGCUACAAUGUCGCAACGAGGAUAUCGUGCAGCAACACGGCGACUGCUGCGCGACAUGCAACACUUCUAAAUACGCAGGGCAGCCUAGCAACACCGAUUCCGCGGUGGAUGUAGUUCUAGGACCGACUGCUAUCGAGCGUGGUUGCCACCUCGGCGACGAGUUUCACACAGCCGGCUCUACGUGGCACCCGUAUCUGCACCCGAGUGGCUUCGAAGUAUGCACCAUCUGUAGCUGCGAGUUGUUUACGCUGCAAGUCAAGUGUUCUCGGGCUCAUUGCCAACCGCUCACUUGUAGCGAAAAAGUAGCCUACCGGCCCGACAAGAAAGCUUGCUGCAAGGUUUGCCCCCAGGUGAAGGAGCCAAAGGUUUCGAAAAAGGGCCUACAGAAUAAUCGAGAGAGCAACAAGGAUGAGCUGCAGGAUGAGGCAGGAAGUGUGAUUGGUACGUUGCGAUCGGCGCAAACCAUUCUUGCCGCCGGUGGCUGUCGCUACGACGAAAACAUCUACGAGAACGGGCAAGAGUACCACCCUAUACUGGCUACUCAUGGUGAGGAAAAAUGUAUCAAAUGCCGCUGCAAGGACGGAAAACUCAACUGUAACCGCAAACGGUGCAGCCAGUCCAAGUGUCAUCGACAGUUUGCGAAGCGCCUUACCCAACAGCAACAAUCAUUAGAUGAGUGCUGUCCUUGCCGACCAGCACGUCAUCAGCGGAAACGACAGCAACAGCAGCAACAUCAUUAGCUCAUUAUUGCCUGUUGAAAGUUGAACGGAUCUACUUUGUAUCCAAGAUGGAGAGGCGAACUCUCCUGUGCCAUGGCUUUUGUCGAGCCCCACUCUUCGCUGGUUAACUCUCUUCACCUGUUCUAUUCUAACAUUCAUAUGAAGCAAUUCAUCCAUUUUCUGAAACAUAUCACCAAUAGAAAGGGAGUGGUAAAACUCAAGUUUCCUUAUUCGCUAACUCUUUCUCAUUACACGGUUUCCAAGAAGAAAUUUCUUGUUUUUUAGAAACUAUUUCAGUUUUAAUUCAGAAGUUUUCAGGAAAUAGACACUCCCAUAAUGUUUCUGUGGCAUUCUGUGUGACAUUACUUCUUUUGUUAUUUUCAUACAUCCUAUAUUAGUGGAACCGCGAUAUGAGCUUUGAAUUGGCAGCAAGUUUAUUGAUAACCAUUGCCUCUGUCAAUGUAUAUUGUUUCCCGUUUUACCGCUUGGUGAGGGAUGUCCUUCUCUGAACUCAGUGUGGUGAGAACCCUUUUCGUCUAAUAUGCCUAAUAUGCUCUAUAUCACACAGACAUGGCAUCCAAUAUUUAAUGAAAACUCAGCUAGCUUAGAUACGGCUUAAAGGUUAAAAGCAGGUAUGAAACGUACUUUAAUAAAAAAACGAAAUUCAAGUUAAUUUGAAAAAUAAAUUCCAGUUAGAUAUAUCUGCUGUUUUCAAGUUAAAAUCCAUCUAUGUUACAAAGGUAUCGCGUUUUUUCCAUUUUGCAACUUUCAAAAUGCGCACACCUAGCUGGAUGGUGUUGGGUUAAGAUUUUGAAAAAGGGUAAAAACAAAAGAAAAAACAAAAGCAGCAGAACCUUAAGAGAAGUAAACAAUUUGUCCCUGUUUUUUGGUAUUAUCAUGGGAUAGUUAAGUAAAGAGAAAGAAAGAGAGCAAGAAAGCAGAUUUCGAGGGUUAAAAGUGGAAGUGGAAGUGGAAUGGUAUUAGAGAAGAACUAUUUAUGUAUAUUUUUAAUUGCAACAAUGAUACUUAUACAUGUUUGUGUAUACCUAUUAUAGGUAUAUCAUAUUCUAGGUAUGGUCUUCUUGUACAUGCAAGCUUAUAGGCUUGAUUUUUUUUUACCUAUGCUAACUAGCCUGUAAAACAUAGCGUAAGGACAAAUAUUUAUUUUUGAACGCAAAUGAAUGAAAGUGAAAACACGCAAAAUAAUCUAAACAUUGCUAAACUUUGGAAUGCUAACCCCUAUUUUGCGACGUGGUAAAAUGCCGAGGACACUGCGGUGCCAUCAAAUCAAUUCCUGCUACGUUGUUAAACUUUGUGUGCUAAAAAUUAAUGCGAGGUGUAAUUUAAGAAAAUCCUUGUUUUGGUAUUUGUAGAAAUGUAUGCUACUCUAAAACAAAUUUUUCGCAUAUUCGCAUUUAUUUAACACGAGCUUUUCGUUUUCUAGAGAAAACGUGAUAGAUACAUAGAUAGAUAGAGUAAGCAAAAAUGAUAUAAGACAAAACCAACGAGAAAUAGUGAUAAAAAUGAAGAAAUAGAAGAACAAAAUAAGCACAGUGGAAAGGAAUAAAAGCACUGUCGGUGCAAAGGGGUUCAAUGAAUUUAUUGUGGUCUCUAUGUGGUUUUGCGAUCCAGGUUAACGGAACCGUCGCAAGGUGGACUUCUAUUCAAAGGAUUGAGCAUGUUAGAACCCUACAAACAAGUAAACCUGGCGAACCCUGGCAGGGGAGAAAAUGCCUCUGCGUCAUGCAUCUCGCAUGAUGUACAUUUAUAAAGAUAGUUUCAUCGAUAAUUUGUAAACAUAGAUUUAAUAAAUACGGCCAAGGUCGUUCCUUAAUAUCACAAACAUGUUUAUGUUAGAACCGAACUCUAGAGUAUGCCAUAUCCACGUAGAUAUAAGUUCAAAACGUUCUAAGAAUAUCAAGGACUGGAAAACAGGAAAAACCUUUCGACGAGUUUGUUUGUUGGCAUGUUAUAAAUGUUAUACCGUUUAUGUAGCAACAGUAGGAAGGGAGCAACAGCUCCCUACCGUAAUCAUUUCCGAUGACUCCGUUUUCUCCGUUUAAUUUUUUGCUUGCUUAAGAGCAUACCCUAUCAGUAUGAUAAAAUCAAUUUGAAUCAUGCCGAAAACAUUAUGAUUUGGUAGGCGUAAAAUUUGAUUUGGUGGAAAACACAACUCACGAUAAAAAAGAAACGAAUGUUAUUCCACCACGCACGAUUCGCGUGUUAGGUAAAGAUAUGUGAAAUGAAAAUCCUAUCCUCGCGAAUGCUGGUCAUGUUUUUUUUAAUUUCAUUAUCUCAGUAACAUUUUGAUCAUAAGAAACAAUAAUCCAAAUUUAUAGACGAUGGAAGCGAACUCUAGUCAGGCGUCGAAGUGUCAUAAAGUUCUCAUAACGACAAGAAUCAUAAAGAUGAUUUUUCUUGUAACAUCAGCCAUGAUCAACCGAAUUAAAGUGUGAAAAAGUUGUAACUUUCAAUUAUGCAAUAUAAUUGUCACUCUCGACUUCAACAUUGACUUUGCAUUAUUUUUCUGCAUUGCAUUAUAAUUGAAAAUGAGAUGAAAAAAUAACACGAAAACCUGAAAUCCCCUACCAAACUAGAAGAAGGAACUUAUCAACCAUUGAGGGGGUGGGGGGAGUUGUUGGUGAUAGAAAAGAACAAUUAAAGCACAACAUUUAGAGCAUUAGACACAACCCGAGAAUGCACAUUAAUUUUAUUACAAUUUCAGCAUAUAGAAUAAGAUCAACACGGAUACCUAUAUACAAUUAAAUUACUAUAAAUUUCAGCGUGAAAUACUUUCAGUUAUAAGCUAUGCAGAAGAUGUUUAGGAUUCCUGCUUUUCAUACCAUUGGGAAAACAAUUGCUGCGCAUUGCAAUUGUCAUCAGUCUUCAACGAUUAAUAACAAUUCAAUUAAUAACCUUCAACCAUUAAUUUUAAGAAAGCAUCGAUUAUCAUUAUUCUUACUGUUGCACAUACAUCUCUUCAUCAACAUACAUUGGGAUAGAUUUCCUUUGCAGAAAAGGUCUACCCUGUGCGAAGUGUAUUUGGGUGGGCCAUGAUCAAAGACUAACGUAACAAAUGCGAUAAGAACUAACAUGUGCAAUUGUCCCCCAUUAAUUGUUUUUCUUGUUGGAAAUUUGUUCUGUAAAAAUUCUUAUAAUAUCGUUGAUUAGAAUUCGCGACAAUCAAAAAUUUAUCUGCUGCCAUUGUGAACAAAACGGCUGGAGUGGGAAGGGGGAAGAGAAGAUCUUUUGAAAUAUGGCACAGUUAUCUUAUGGGGGUUCUCUACAUCAUUAAUCACAGCUGUCUUAUAUUGCUCAGUAUUUUCCUCACUUUUUCCCUUCGUCACCUAGAGGAUGCAUUCGUAGACUCUCUCCUUACGAUACGAUUUAUAAAAUUGUCAUUAGUUUAAACAAAAGAAUCAACUAUUGUUAUUCCCACUGUUGCACAGAGAGAAUACCGUUACAUUACCACUUCAGUAACACACAUUAGCGCAUAAGAAAUUUUCAAGCACCAGGUAACAAGUUCAAGCACCAGGUAACAAGUAGAAUUGGCGCUAUCAUAUGCAAGUUGUCACCUUAGUGAUUGUUGUUGUUACUAGAAAUUCUAUUUAAAUAAUUUGUUUGGCAGACGCGACAAAAGGACAAUUUAUCUGACGCCAGGAUAAACAGAAAUGUUGGAAAGGAGAGUGUAAAGAGAAAUCUUUUGAGUUAUUUCAUACAUACCCUGUAUCUUAUAGAAGUUUCCAUCGUGAGGACGCGUAUAUCAUAUAGGAGUUGCUUACAUUGUUUAGCACUGCUAUGUUAUUUUACUUCACAUUUUCUUCCAACUCUCUCUUGCCUGCUUUUCCUCCUUAGCGGACGCAUUCGCAGACGCUUAACCUAGCGUAAAUAGAGUAAAUCGGUUUAGUAGAAGUUACGAACAAAAAGCAUAUUGUUGGUCUAGUUUUCGAGCCACAAUAUUAGAUAUAUUGAUACAAAUGCUGUUACACACACAUUACCUCUUCAGCAACACACAUGUGGACAUAAGUAUUUUCUUUGCAAUAGCAUAAAUAAGUUCUACUUUUAGAAGAAGGACAAUUGGGAGGGCCACAUUUAAGGACUAACGUAACAGGUGUGAUUUGAACUAACUCGUGCAGUUGUGGCACUCGUUGAUUGCUUUCAUUCGCAUUCUGCAUUAUCAACAUUUUGAUUCAAUUAGAUUCCACAUUUUGAAUUCAUUAGCAAAUGUAUGUUUCGGCAGGGUGAGAGGUUAGAGAGGGGAGGGAGAAGAAGAGAUCUUUUGAGUUAUAUUAUGUCAUGUGUUGUGCCCAUAUAUAUAGAAGUUUCCUACGUCGUUUAGCACUGCUAUCUUAUUUCACUCGGUAUUUUUUUCCAACUCUACCCUGGGUAAUUUUUCUCUUCCUCACCUAGGGGACGCAUUCACAGACUCUCCGCUAAACUUAGCCAUAGUAAAGCGGUGUAAAAUAAGUUACGAACGAAAAACAUAUCGUUAUUUUAUUUUUCGAACCACAAUGUUGAGAGAUACCAUUAUGCGAAAAAGCCAUAACGAAGAAAGGUGGACAAAAUGGAAUGGGACGCUAACCAUAGUCAUCGUGGGAACGCAUUAUUUAUGAGAAAAGCAAUACAUGUGUAUCGGGGUUGUACCGCGACAAUAAACGAUUGACGAUACUUUCCUUUCCGUUACCAAAGAAGACUGAAUAUGUUAUCAAAAAUCAUAAAAUCAAGAAAAAAAUACUAGCUAACUCAUAUAGGAGUAUUCGAAUAUGCACCAACAAUCAAAAACCUUAAUUUAGGACAUCAAAAAUUAAAAACAUUUCAAAAUAGGAAACGGGGUGUUGUAACAUUUGACCACUGUUAGGGUAACGUCAUAACGUCGGUAAAAUGGAGAACGUUGAGCAAAAAAGUACGAAAACAUUUAUGUUGAACAAGAGAUGAACCAACGACAGAAAAAGAAGGAAAAUUCGAGGAGUAGUGAACCAAUAGUUUGAAUAUGCUUCAGAAAUGCCAAGCGAACGGAAAAGGAGGAUCAUAAGGAUGUCAAUGGAAGCAAUCAAAAGAUAGUAGAGGUUAUUAAAACAGUGUUCGACUCCCAACGCCAAUGGAAAUGAAAAAGAAUUAUACUGAGCAUGUCAAAUCUGCGUAGUACACCACUUUGCACUUUGUUUACAUUAGUUACCUAGUCUUUCUUCGUAAAAAGAAUCAUAUGCCUUCUUCUAAUAUUGUUCAAUCAUUUCAUGCCGUUAGAAAAUGCGCUAAUAAAUAU